UGUCUAUUUGAAUAUAGAAACUCCCUGAUCACCAUGUUGUUUGAUGCACUCACAUGGAUGUUGUAUUUGAGCCUGUUCAUAUUUCCACAGAUGGGGUAUUAUUUGCCUGUUUUGAUGCUCUCUUUAAGACCAGGGAGAGGGAUCCAAAUUGCUUUAUUAGUAUAUUAUGUUUAUGUCAUUCUAACAUUAGAAGCAAUGAGUUUCAUUGUAAAUGUGUAUUCAGUCCUGUUUGCCUGUCCUGGUUUGGGUUGCUACCUCUGGGGCCUCAUUAAAAAUCGUACCCAGCUUUUUGGGGGAACAGGGGUGGAUGGUUUCCAGCCUCCCACCUCCUUCUUCCCCUUCAGACCUGCUAAAACAGUUUUUGAAAAUAUUGAGUUCCCUUUUGAUGUUAAGGACAGCAUAAUGUUAUUGUUAGUGUUGCUCUGUCUGCUCUGUACUGUGUACACCAUGUUUAGGGUCAGAAAAGUGCCUUUUAGGGAGGUUGGUUGGACACCUGCCCUGGGAGCAGAUAAUGCUGAGUGGCAUGGGAAGUGGGAGGACAUCAGCCAGUAUUUGGAAAAGUUUUCUCCUCCAAUGAUCUGGAAAUUCACCCCUGAACAACUGCAGGAUCCUGUUAGCAUGAUAAGACUGGUGAAGGAAAAAUGCUCUGGCAGCUCCAGAGAUGGCCAGCUCACAGCAACCUGCUGGGCCCUGGCCACUGCCUACCGGGCAGUGCUUGACAUGAUACAGCACUGUCAGGGCGAGGAGAGAAGGACCAAAUCCGCAGACACCACGUCCACCCAAACCACAGCUGAGUCAGAGGGAGAAAGAAAUGAACCAACCAGCACCGUGUCCACACAAACCAUCGAGGAGCCAGAAGAACAAGCAAAACCAAUAGCAGUCGCCCCUGUCCAGAAAAGGAAAUCAAAGACUAAAUCAGUUCGCAUAGCAAAUGAUGACGAAGAGGCGGGACCUUCACAUCCACCGGAGGAGACAGAGCCAGAAAUAAUCACUCGGUCCCUAUCCCUGGGUGAGCUACGUGAGCUCCGGAGAGAGUUCACGCGACAGGCGAACGAGUCCAUUCUGACCUGGCUGCUCCGAAUGUGGGAUGCCGCAGCUAACGAUACGAUCCUAGAUGGGAGUGAAGCCAGACAGCUGGGAUCCCUGUCUCGAGAUGUAGUCAUUGAUCAGGGGAUUGGAAGGAGGCAGGAAACUCUCAGCCUCUGGCGGCGACUGUUGUCCAGUGUGAGGGAGAGAUACCUUUGCAAGGAGGACCUCCACGUACAGCAAGGACAGUGGAACACGAUGGAGCAAGGUAUCCGGUGCUUAAGGGAGUUAGCUGUACUGGAGAUAAUCUUUUCAGAGGAUGAAAGAUUCCCUAAGAGUCCAGAUGCCGUACAGUGCACCUCCCAAAUGUGGUUAAAGUUUGCACGACUCGGGCCAGAAAUGUAUUCCCGCUACUUAGCAACGCUGCAAUGGAGGGAGGGAGAGGACAAGGUGGGAGCAUUGGUUAGCAAACUCAGGAUUUAUGAAGACACUGUCACCGCCCCAUUACGAGCCCACGUCUCAUCUGUGGAAACCAAACUGGCUGAACACGUCCGAAGCCUAGAAGAGAAAAUUGAAGAAGGACACCAGAAGCUAAGAGAAGAAAUUAAGGAAGGGAUUUUCCAUAUCUCGCCAGGACGAACAAGAGUCUCUGCUAUCAGGAGCCAGCGUCCCCCAGCUAAGGAGAGAAGGUACACUCCACGUAGCGAUCUAUGGUUUUACCUCCGUGAGCAUGGAGAAGAUAUGAGGAAGUGGGAUGGGAAACCCACCUCUUCCUUAGCAGCCCGGGUACGUGAGCUGAAAAGAGGAACAAAUACCAUAAAGAACUCUUCAAGGGUAAACGUUGCUCCAGUCUCUCGUGGGCAAGACUCCAGACGGUACAGGAAUGAUGAUACGUCUGAUCCUCUUGAAGGGACCUCCAGGUCAUACCCACAAGAAGAGCACAAUGAGUACCAUGACCAGGACUAG